AUGGGAAGUGCGAAGAAAAAGAAGUUUAUCCCGCCGCCCGAAGGCUGCAAACUUCCCCAAGAUAGACUUGAGGAGUUGCAAUGCUACAAGCUUCUGCAAGCCGUGCGUGCCGAAGAUUUCCAUCUUAUUACUGAGCUCGUGACAGAAGGAGUUCCUAAUCUUUUGAACAUUUGCGAGCCAACUUAUGGAACGUUUCCUUUGCUCCUCGCGGUUGAACUGAGGAAGAUUGAAGUUAUCAAUAAACUUUUUUCUCUUGGCUGCAAUGCAAAUAUCUGUAAUAUUAACGGUAAAACUGCAUCAAUGGAAGCGGCAAGAUGCGGUUUUCCUGAUGUACUUGAUCUCUUGAUCGAGAACAAAUGUAAUUUGGCUCAACAAGACGUCAAUCAAUGGGACACGCUAUCGUGGUGCUUAGUUGAGCACACAGAACAUCACUUGGAGUGCCUCGAUAGAUGUUUGGACGAGGACCCGGCAAUCUUUGAAAAUUCGAUAGCAAUUAUCUUGGCCCUAGAAAAAGGCGAAGAAGGUCUUUCUGCGAGCAAAGAAAUUUUGGAAAAGCUUCCCAAUCCAAAUAUAGUUCACUCAAUCAACAAGCGCUCUGCAUUGUCCUACGCUGCUGAGUUCAACCCUUCACUAGUCGUCGAACUGUUGAAGAAAGGAGCGGACCCGCAUUCUAAGGACGCCAAAAGCUGGACGGCAGUGCAUUUCGCUGCGAAAUCUGGUGCUCCUGCAGCGCUAGAAGCUCUUUCUGCAUUCAAAGCCGACUUUAACAGCCUUAAUUCCGAUGGACAAACAGCUUUUCAUGUGGCUUGUGCGAACGGAAAAUCAAAAGUCGUCAAGUUCAUCGUCCAGCGAGGCGCAAAUCCGAAAAUCAAAGACAAAAAGAGUUGCACCGGAAAACAACUUGCGAGCAAAAAAUCCAUGAAAGAAGUACGAAAAGCCGAGAAAGCAUGGUCUAAAAGGCCGGAGGACAAUCGAGUCAUCUUUAAAGACUGGCUUCAUGCCUUUGAGUUGGAGAUUGAAACUUACGUUAAUAUGACGGAGAUUGACAGAGAUCUGCUGAUUCAAAUUCUGACGGAGCAACUCAAGCCCAACGUCUCUGGAGAUGAGCUCGUCGAGUUCAUCACACUUAUUUCAAAGGGAUCACCGGAACUGAAACUCAAGGAUUUAUGGAAGCCAGGCAGACUCGUUUCAAAACUCUACGAAACUCCUGGAAACAAGAAAAAGAAGAAGAAGGGCAAAGGCAAAAAGAAAGGCAAAAAGGGUAAGAAAGGAAAAGCAUCAAAGGGAAACUUGAAGAUUUGCGUUGAUCCUCCCGAAAUGAAGAGGAGAUUUGAUGGAGGUCCACCUCACUCUUUGGUAGAACGUCUAAGACUUCAAACUGACCUGACAAGAUUCUCUCGAGAUGACCGUCCCGCUCAUCCAUUCCAGGACGAUUCCGCCUGGUAUCUCCGUUUCCCCACUCGCGACUUUGAGCGCGUCGCGACAACCAUCAAGCAAAACGACAUGACGUCCUUUAAGUUUGCUCUUGAAAAUGGCUAUCCAGUCGAUACCCCCGAUAGAUUCUUCAAGACUGCGCUCAUGCAUGCAGCGGCGGCGGGAAAUCUUGAAACUGUCAAAUUUCUCAUCAGCAAAGGAGCAAAUAUUCAUGCCACUGACAAUAUGCGCUGGACAGCUCUUCAUCAUGCGGUCUCAUCCGGUGGAUUCGAAGUAACAAAAGCUCUAGUAGAAGCUGGGGCUGACGUUCUUGCGCGAACUUUCAAUAAGGCAACCGUUUUAAUGAGAGCGGCACAAGGCUCUGACGCACAAACGAUCCAGUACUUGCUCGACAACGGAGCUGGUGGAAAGAAAAUUUUUUUGGAGAACUCGAAGGGGCAAACUGUUAUGGACGUUGCAGAAAAGUGGGCGGAUAUUUCUAGCUUCCGUGCUCUAAGGGAACAUCACGAUAAAGUUCCAAAGCCAAAGGAAAAACGAGGUGCCGCGAAGAAAAAGCCGAAGAAGGAGAAAAAAGAAAAGAAGGCUCCUGAACCGGAAAAGGUCGCUGUCGAACCAACGGAAAUCAAGCUUCAGAGUCCACUUGGUGGCAGUGAUAUCAAGGGAACGCUGUCCGCAAGACAGCCUCUUUUCCGAGCCACGGAAGAGUCUCAGCGAAUCCUGUUGCUAAUGAACCAACAAUGGACAUCUGCUCCCUACACUGCUCAAAUUCUUCAAAGACAGCGUGAGAUCAAAAGAACGCCUCAACUUGUUCAAAAUGUUCACCGGAUAUGGGCGAGAAAUGCAAUUUUACCAAACAGCACAACAACAACUCUGCCUGCUCUCUAG